AAAAAAAACAACGACGAUUUCUCCAAUAAACAAAGAAAAGAGCCCCAACCGGCAUUAACUCGUUGAAAAAAUAUCAAAAAACGUGAAACCAGACGUCAAGGGAAAGAGUCGAGCCACUGGAAGCAACGCAAAAGAUGGAGCUGAAAGUGGAGAUAAUGAUCAAGAAGAAGAAGAUAGCAUGAUAUGGAGCUAUGUGCGCCAAGCACAACAACUCCCAUCCGCCUUACGAUUACCCGAUAACAUAGACCUGGGCAAACUUCGCGAAGAAAUGGAUCAGGGUACCCGGUUCGCAGAACAGUAUCUCCAGAAAUUUGGUGCCGAAGUCACGCAAAUUGUCAACAAGGCUAUCAAUGUCAUUGACGACGAUGAAUAUGCCAAACAAGCUCAGGAACCUGAAGGAAGGAAAAGUACAAGCAGCAAUCCGAGCAAGCGUAUUUUUGCAACCCGAAAAGAGCGGCUGUUGGCCGAAAUGCGCACGGACCCUGAUACGUUUCUAACUCAAGUCCCGGGUCCGGUCAUCGACGAUGUGGAGAAGAAAACAGACGAGAUUGCUCUCAUAUUGGAAGAGUCCCCAGAGUUACGGGACAUGAUGGACCGACUAGUACCUAUCGAGGUUAGCUACGUUCUAUUUUGGCAAAGAUACUUUCACCAUGCGCAAAAGAUCGAAAAAGAGGACGAGAAACGACAAAUAAUUGCUGAAGGAGCUCAAGAGGAGCUUGAGUUCAAAUGGGAUUCGGACGAUGAAGAUGAGGCAACAUCAACGCAACAAAAGAAAGGACAGAAAAUUGCUGAUGAGAAGAAGAACGAUGUUGAUGACAAGAAGAUAGCAGCCUCGCCAGUACCAACAGCAGACAAGCAAGCGGCAGCAGAUCAAAGCACAAAAACAGAAGAAACAAAAAGGACAACAGCAUCCGAAGAUAGCGACAGCGAUUGGGAGUGAAAUAAACCAGCAAUAGCUGCUCUUCAGUGAUAGUACUGUACUCAC